GUGGACCUACGUAUGGCCAAAAAGGGGAGAACAAGUGCUUGGCGAAGGCAGGAAAAUGUUGUGACAGUUUCAGGGUCACAACUGUGUCCAGUGGCAGAAGAGGGAGAUGGAGUCUGGCUGGAUGUUUCUAUUACAGUGUAGAGAAGAGCACUCGGGUGAAAAACUCUGGCAGCUUGUUAAAUCCUGUGUUUUCCUUUGCCUUUUAAUAUGUGAUCCUGUAAGGAUCACUUCGCGCUUCUGAUUAUGGAAAGAAAACAAAGCAAAUGAGUGUUUCUGCGUGCCCUGGGUCUGACGAGUGGCAGCAAGAGGCUGUGCUGGCAAAGCUUUUUGUUUGCUCUGAAGGGGUAUCCCUGUCCUGAGCCAAGUCAAAGUGCAGCCAAUUUCAACCCAUCACCACCACCACCGCCCCAGGCCUGUGGACAACUCCCUGCCUCUGGGGAAGAACUGAUCUCUGGAAAAACCUUUCCCAGCAAUUUUAAGUGUAGGAAACAACAUUGCAACAUUGUUGCUGCAACAUCAAUAUAAUUUCCUACAGUGUAACCAGAUGGGCCUUGAGCUGCUGCCUCCCAGUUGGCCAGAUUAAUUUCUUAGGAUGUGCAGCCUUGGUUUCCUGUGUUCCUAUGACUAAUCUUAAUUAUGAAGCUGUUCAGGCAGGGUAGCCGGCUCCUGUUGGAGUGGAAGGAUCAGCACCCUGCUUUGGCAGCAGCGUGCUCCUCGGCACACGGCUCGAAUGAACUCCCAAGGGUGAGCAAGAGUUUUCCCAACCCUUCUGGCAAAAAAAGGCAAGUGGCUUGGUACGAUGCCUGCCUGCCAUGCCAGGCUGCUGUGCUCCUCUACCCCAGGAGGAACCAAGUGGAGAACUUGGAAGUAAGAUUAAUAUUCUUAAUCUUCCAGGAUUAGGCUCAAUCUGAAGGGUGUUGUAAAUAUUGACACUGGCAAUAAAGUCCAGUUAAGCUCCUUGAGGAGUCUCUUACAGAAACACUUACCCAAGAAGCGAUUUUGAGGAAAAUAGUGGUUAGAUUUUUCAGUGAUAACUCAUGACUGAGGCAGGAAACAGAUUUAGAUACGUGAAGCCUUCAAAAUAGCCUGAAAGGUGACUUUGGUGGUCUCCAUGGAAACUCAUCUAUUCUGUAGCUUUGCGGAGGACUUAUACAAGAGCUGCUGCUUGGCUUAAAAAAAAAAAAAAAAGUAAUUUAAAAACCAAAACCCAAACCUGCUAGAUCUGAAUUUGGGGUGGUCCCAGACAUACAGCGAAGCAUGGCCUGUAGCAGAGGGGGCCUGUUUCUGGGCCCUUCUGGACCAGCUCUGCUGGAAAAAAGCUUUUUGUGACUUUCUGGGUUGCUGACUGCAAUUUAGGUUACAGUGAUUGCCACAGGAAGAAGCGGCUUUGCAGGAGGGACUCCUUGGUCUGCGCUCAUCUGUUACAAAGCCAGGUGACAUCGUGGUGGCCCAGGAAGCAUGCGGCUGUGGCACUGGGGGCCCUGAAGACUGUCUGGCUUGCAGGGAGGAAUGCUACGGUGGGCAGUGCACUUGGAAGGUGGGCCGCGGAGGGUGAACCACGCAGCCGUGGCCGUCGGGCACAAGGUCUAUUCCUUUGGUGGAUAUUGUUCUGGAGAAGACUAUGAGACUCUGCGGCAGAUUGACGUCCAUGUUUUCAAUGCAGUGUCUCUGCGCUGGAUCAAGCUGCCGCCAGUGUGGACAAACAGCCGAGACCAUGUGAGAGAGGUGCCCUACAUGAGGUAUGGGCACUCUGCAGUGCUCAUAGAUGACACCGUCUACAUAUGGGGUGGUCGCAACGACACUGAGGGUGCCUGCAACGUGCUCUAUGCCUUUGAUGUCAACACACACAAGUGGUUCACGCCAAAAGUGUCUGGAAUGGUCCCAGGAGCGAGAGAUGGGCACUCAGCUUGUGUCCUGGCAAAGAGCAUGUUUAUCUUCGGAGGCUAUGAACAGCUGGCUGACUGCUUUUCAAAUGAUAUCCAUAAAUUGGACACCACGAACAUGACAUGGACCUUAAUCUCUGCCAAGGGUACGCCAGCUCGCUGGAGAGACUUCCAUUCAGCUACCAUCAUUGGAACAAAGAUGUAUGUAUUUGGUGGCAGAGCUGAUCGUUUUGGGCCAUUUCACUCCAACAAUGAGAUCUACUGUAACCGCAUUAAAGUAUUUGAUACAGAAACAAACUCCUGGCUGGACUCUCCCCCGACUCCAGUGCUUCCUGAAGGCCGGCGGAGCCAUUCAGCAUUCAGCUACAAUGGGGAGCUAUAUGUGUUUGGUGGCUACAACGCACGCCUGAACAGACACUUCCAUGACCUCUGGAAAUUCAAUCCAGUUUCUCUUUCUUGGAGGAAGAUUGAGCCCAAAGGGAAAGGCCCAUGUCCUCGACGCCGGCAGUGCUGCUGCAGAGUGGGGGACAAAAUAAUUCUCUUUGGAGGCACCAGCCCAUCUCCAGAAGAGGGAAUGGGUGAUGAAUUCGACCUGAUGGAUCACUCGGAUCUCUACAUUCUUGACUUCAGCCCCAGUCUAAAGACGCUGUGUAAGCUAGCAGUGAUUCAGUACAGCCUGGACCAGUCCUGCCUUCCUCAUGACAUCAGGUGGGAGCUCUCAGCCAUGACAACAAACAGUACCAUCAGCCGUCCCAUCGUCUCCUCCCAGGGCUGAUGCCGGCUCAUCCCUCUACCAACCUGCCCUCGCCCCUCCACACUCUGACCUCUUGCUCCACUGCCUGCAUGACUUUUCAGCCCUUUCAAGCAAGGAACAUGUGAGCCCGGUUUGUCCUGCCCUAGCCAGGCCUCCCUCUGCCCUUGUCACACUUUGGGCAGUAUGAGUGUGCAGGCAGAGCGGCCUUCUGGGGAAGAAAUGGGCUUCCCCCAGCAGCACAACUGUGACCCCUUCCUCCUUGCUGAUGGCGCCAGCAUCUCCUGCUUUCCUUCCCCUUGCCUGUGGAGCUGCAGCCGUGCUGACCUGGUCCCUAGCCACUUUCUAAGGGCCUGAAUCAACUCCUACCACCAGCCAUGGCCCCGGGAUUGGCCUCGGGCUAUGAACUGUUCCUGCACUGCCUCAAGAAAGCAGAGACCUCCGUGCCUGCAGCUGCCAGCGCUGACCAGCCUCCUGGCACUGGAUGGCAGGCCCCAGACCUGAGCUGAGCCUGAUGUGGGGGCCUGGGCCCAGCUGGACAUUUGCCCAGCUCCCCUUGUAAAACAGCAACUGGGGGGAGUUUUAUAAACACUGAGGCAGACAUGG